UUUCCAGAAUUAUAAAUUUAUUUAAAAGUCAUGAGUAAAUGAAAAUAAAGUUAAUGUUCACAGGUAAGUUUCCAACAAAUAGAUAGAUCUCUUCCUUUCAGCUCCAGUUAUAUUAAACCAGUGAGAACUGUAUCUGCAGUAAACUUAACUGUAACUUGCAGUUGCUUAUAUAUAUAUAUAUAUUACUUCGAUAAACUAAGUUAGUUAAAUAUAGAUGGUAAGUUAAUAAUAUUUACUUGGAAAAUAUAAGCUAAAAUUAUUCCAGUGUCAAUUUAAAUGUAUAUAAUGCAAUAAAAUUAGAAAGUUGAACAAGGGGACAUGCUUGUAAUGUUUGCUUGUCAGACCGCGAACGAGCGAGAGAACAACCUUGACGUCCAAGACCAAGACCAAAGUGUUAAACGUGCACAUUCAGAGCGAGCUGUUGUAGUGCACGCCUGUCCUGGGCACAGGUGCCGGUCUCGACCGGCUCCUCCGUCAAGGACAGGAAAGGGUUGUGGUGGGAGGAGGAGGCUGACGUCAAUGAACAAAAGAAUACCGGCUCCUUCUACCCAAUCCCCAUAAUCAUUGCACCGGCAGGUGCAAGGGAGCACCAGCAGUCCGACCGUAGCCGGUAACAGGCGGAGGGUGGUAUGGUGCUAUGGAAGUUGAAAUAUCCCGUAGGAUUAAGCCAAAGGGAAAUUGGUGCGCAUUUUUGAUGAAGGAAAUUAGGCGCAAUUUUGAACGGUCGGUCUAAAUGAAAAGGUAUGGAGUUACGUAUAGUUUUGGAGUUUUAGUAGGCCGAGAGUAGCUCGGUAAUUAGGACCUAUGGAUGUUGAGGUGUUUCCCUAGGUUCAGAUCGUGGCAUGACAACCCAGGGGAGACUCGAUGCAAUUGUGUACGUCCGGAAGGUAAGGCCGGCGAGUUCUGGAGUUUACUUUGGGUUCCGUCUCCUGUCAAAUUGCUUGAUAUUCCUUAUGUUGUCCUCCUCUUCCAUCUCUCCCCUUCUAGUUCCAUUAGUGUCUCCGCUAGCAGCAAGGAUUUUUGGGAUUAGGUAGGAGCCGGUAUUCUUUUGUCCAUUGACGUCAGUCUUUUAUACUUUUUAAUAAGUACCAUGUGACGUCAUAACAGCCAAUCAGAAAUUACGUUACGCUAGGAAGAGAUCUACCUUUACAAAAUAAAUAUCAUUUCAUUUAAUAAUUACGUUAUGCAUACUUUUAUAAAUACGUUAGUUUAGCCCAUAGCAAAAGCAUUACAAACUUGAAAUAAUUAAUCCUGGAAAUAGGGUAUAGUUCCUAAAAGCACUAAUAUUACAGUAGUCAAUUUUACAGUUAUUAUCUCACUUAAAUAAUAAAAUGAUUUGCCAUAAUGUACACACAAUAUUAGGAUACGUUUAACUAAGAAAAUAGCUAAUCGAUCGUACAAGUUUUGGAGGAAAAUAAACUUUACUGAAGGGCAAGGUCAAUUCCGGCAGCCAUGUUAAAACAGUCGAUCAAACGGAAAUAUAUCCCAGGUUUAUUUAUGAACCCAUAUGAUGUUUUCAGUGUGUAAGUACACACACUUUGCAAUUAUGGAAAUAUUUACAUCAAUAAUAUUAAUGUCAACGUUGUGUCUUAGCUUUUAUAUGCACAGGGAUUUGGGAACUAAAAUUAAUAAAGUCGAAGACCGCAAGGUCAAAACACGGACUCCAAACAUUAAAUUAACACAUUUAGCGAUCGUAAUAUACUAAUAUCCCAUAAAUAAUUUACGGUAACUAUUUACAAACAUAGUUUCAUACACUAUAAACAUAUUAUUAUGAAAUACAACUAAAUGUAGCUCGCAUUGUGCAUCCCAACGAUCACUAAUAACAAUUUACGCAAUUUCGUUUUUGUCUAUAGUGCGCGACACGACAAACUGCACUACCAAUAAUUUCAUUAAACAAUAACUAUAAUACAUGGCAUAGUUCCAGACAUUACAGAACACAAGCAAAUAUGCAAAUAAUUACUACUAAAUGUAAAAAUAAACAUCUGUUUUGUCCAAUAUUAAAAUUACUUGAGAAAAGUCCAGGUCACAGCACACAGUUAAGAAAGUUAUUGGACAGCCAUGACAAUGUAUGCGUAUGUGUAUAAUACUGUAUAUAUAUAUUUAUCAUAUAAUAUCUUACAUUUUCAGUGCAAUUAAAGUAUGUGAUAUUUUUAAGAUCACACACUUUAAGAAUUUGAUAACUUUACAAAUUAGAUGUAAAUUAAUCGAGGUCACGACACUAGGUUUAUUGACAUUUAAAGGAAAGGUGUAGGCUGGCUCUAAUGCCAAAUUAAACAAAUAUGGAGCCUAAAAUGAAGAAUGAUGCAAUAAAAUGUUUAAUAUGUUAACGGGUUUAGGAUUAAUUGACAAUAUUAACACGGUUUCUAUUUUACGCGCAUGGAUAAAAUAACUACGCGAAAAGCCGCGUGCAUUGGCUGUGACGUAGCACGUGAACAGCCAGCCAGUAAACAAUAUGUGAAACCAUGUGCUUUUUGAUAGAUUUGUUUACAUUAGCGCUUUGAUCAAUGGCUUACCAACCGUUUAUGUUUGAGCCCGAACGUUCCGAACAUGAUAGUGAGUCGGACUUCGACAUAGGAUUAUCUUCAGGCGAUGAAUUGGAAGAAAAUGUCGAAAAUAUUGCGCGAUUGGGAAACCGAGAUUGGUGUUUGUGUGGCAACUGCAGACCAAUGGACACGGUAAAAGAAAGUAUCUGUUGUUUAGAAGUAGACCAAAUCGGCGACAAAAUGCAAACCACCAACUUGCAGUGCAUUCUAGAACAUUAUGAUUUCCCGAUUAUAUGUUUGUAUCCAGAAGUGCUCAGGACAGCCCUCGUAGCCAGAGCCGACAUACGACGCGAUGACUACACAGAACCAGUACCAAAUAGGCUGUGGCGAGAUCGUCAGGAUUUUCUCAGUGUAGCAUUUUUAUGUUGGUGAAGUUGUCACACGUUACUACGCAACUAUUUGUCAUAAGUGCACACUUUGAUGUUCAAUUUGGUAUAAUAAAUAUAUGAACAAGA